AUGCAAAGCAACGAAGCGCUCUUCCUCGGCCUUGACGCGAGCACGCAGGCGCUCAAGGCUUCGCUGCUCGAUGCCCACCUCACCGUGCUCGCUGAGAUCGAGGUGCGCUUCGACCGCGACCUUCCGCACUAUGGCACCAACGGCGGUGUGUCCGCACCCACCGCCGACGAUGAUCAGGGCACCGUGGUGGCGCCCGUCAUGCUGUACGUCGAAGCGCUCGACAUGCUCGGAGACAAGAUGCGCGAGGCCGCGUGGCCGCUUGCGCGCAUCCGUGCUAUCUCUGCCGCAGGACAGCAGCACGCCUCGGUGUACUUUUCGCGCGCCGCACCGCACAUCCUCACCACGCUCGCGUCGGACAAGACGCUGACGGCGCAGGUGGAGCGUGCGUUCAGCCGCAAGGUCGUGCCCAACUGGCAAGAUUCGUCCACUGUCGAUGCGUGUCGCGCGUUUGAAGACGCCAUGGGUGGUGCAGAGGCGCUGGCCAAGGUCACCGGCUCCAAGGCGCACACGCGAUUCACAGGACCGCAGAUCUACAAGUUCCGCAAGCAGCAUCCCGAGGCGUACAAGGACACCGAACGCAUCGGCCUCGUCUCGAGCUUCGUCACCACCAUGCUCUGCGUCGGCGAGGGCGAGGAUGCAGAGUCGGUGAUCAAGGGCAUCGAUGAGUCGGAUGCGUGCGGCAUGAACUUGCUCGACAUGCGACCGGCUUCUGCCCGAUCGGCCGACGAGCGCGUCGGGAAGAUCGAGCCAGGCUGGUGCCAGAAGCUGCUAGCGCUUGCUUCGGGCGAAACGGAUGGAGACGAUUCGCUCGGCGGAGCUGAAGAGCUUGAGCGCAAGCUCGGCGUCGUCUACCGAGACGCCGGCGCUUCGGUGGGCAAGAUCGGCAGCUGGUGGAAGCAGCGCUACGGAUUCAGCGACGACUGCCACAUCUUCCCCGGAACCGGCGACAACCCGGCCACCUUCCUCGCCUUUAGUCUUGCGCAGAGGCAGGCGAUCAUCAGCCUGGGCACCUCGGACACCGUCAUGGUGGCUACCGACCAGUACGUGCCCGAUCCAGACUUCCACGCCUUCUUCCAUCCUGCGCAGAGCCCCGAGGGUGGACAGCGCUUCUUCAACAUGCUGGUUUACAAGUCGGGCAGUCUGGCGCGAGAAUGGGUGCGCGACCAGUACUGCAGCGCCGACUGGGACACUUUCAAUGCCGACGUCGAGAAACACCGCGUUGAGUCGCACGGCAACAAGCGUGUCGGAUUCUACUGGCUGCGACCCGAGAUCAUCCCUGCCGGUGCGUCGGGCGUGCAUCGCUACACCACAGCCUCGUCGCAGUCCGAUUGGAACCAGGUGGACGACUUUGACGAGGCCGGUAUGAAUGCGAGUGCGAUCCUCGAGACGCAGUUCCUCAACUACCGCUACCGCUCAUCGUCGAUCGUUGCAGGCACAUCGUCGUCGCCCGACACGUCCAAGUUGCCACUCGCCUCGAUCUACGCCGUGGGCGGAGCAUCGUCCAACACCACCAUCACCCAAACCAUGGCAGAUGUGUUCGGCUGCGACAUCGUCAAGCCUGUCCAGCCCAGCGACGACGGCAAGAGCUGGACCGCUGCCAACUACAAUUUUUGCUCCGUCGGCGCGGCGUACAAGGCAGUGUGGGGAUGGAGCCGCACCCAGCUGCCCCAGGGCGAGGCAUCGCCGGAGUUCGACGACUUUGUACACGCCACCAAGUCGCGUCAGGCCGCCAAGGCUGGAUUGACCGCGCAGGGUCAGGACAAGGUCGAGGGAGGGGUGCAGGUAAUCUGCCGUCCGCGCGACGGUAGGACGCAGAUCUACACGGACAUCGUGCAUGACUGGAAGACCCUCGAAGAGCGCAGCCAGAAGCAGGCCUAG